AUGUCCUCGUGUGAUAUCUCGCAGGAUUUACUCGACGAAAUCACAUCUAUUAAUUCAAUAUAUGCAGAGGAUACGCUAAAACUUCAACAGCCGCCUCAGGCUUCUAAUAUUGCUAAUUCUGGUUCUACUUCGUCGUCGAUCUACCGAAUAGAAGCCGGAGAAGCAGUUUGCAUUCUUUCACCUCCGUCAAGUGAAAUCAAUCCGCCUGUAUCAUUAACCAUUAAGUUCCCGAGAGACUAUCCGGCAUCCCCUCCGACUAUCCUGUCAGGGACUACCUUCGGAAAGGGAUUAAGCAAGGACGAGGUCACUCAGCUGUCUCGGGACGUAUUACACAAUGUGUGGCUUGAAGGUGUAGUGGUACUCUUCGACUUACUCGAAGGUCUAAAGGAGCUAUUGCAUAAAGACAGCAUUGAAGAUGCUGCGCCAAUCUCGCCUCCAGAAUCUGUCGAAGUACAAGAGAUAGUACCCGAUGCUAGUGGUACCGCUGCUGCGGCCGUGACAGUUGUCUCCUCAAUUCCAUGGACAAUUACGCCGAUUACCACAGUAUCAAAAUCUCAAUUUGUGGGCUGGUGUGUCCGGGUGACUUCGGCUGAAACAGCUAAGCAGCACAUCGCAGAACUCAUUUCCACCGACCGAAAAGUCGCUAGGGCGACUCACAAUAUCACUGAUAACGACGAUGACGGAGAAACUGCCGCCGGGUCUAGGCUUGGCCACUUGUUAGACAUGAUUGAUGUCUGGAAUGUUCUUGUUAUCGUAAGUCGCUGGUACGGCGGCAUUAAACUUGGGCCUGACCGUUUCCGAAUCAUCAACCAGGUUGCACGAGAAGCCCUCGUUCUUGGAGAGUUUAUUGAUGAACAUGGCAAUACCAAGGGCGACACCGGGGACAGCGGUAAAGGCAAGAAGAAGAAAGGAAAACAUCAUUAA